AUCGGCUACACGAAGGGACUGGAGCGGCUUCCCGUCCAGGGUAACGUCUUCGAGGUCCGCCAUUUUCCGUUCCUCUGGCCCGCUUCCAGCGAGCGCGUCGAGCAACGCCCUCCCACUGCUGACGUAAUCGGUGACAACUUCCGGCAACCGAUACAAAAAAUGUACCUCCUCCGUUUUCAUUUUACAUCACUCAUUUAAUUUCGACCUGUUUACGUUUAUCAGUUUUCACACACGGUGCAUUUAUUGGAAUAUCAUGUUAACAAACUACGUACUUUUGCCCAAUUUCACGCAGUUUUGAUUCUUCGUCAGGUAACGCAUACAUAACUCAUACCUGCCGACUCUCCCGUUUUCAGUUUUGUCAAUACCGAUACAAAUACUAUUUUUUACUGCAAAAACAUCACCAAGAGCUCAAGAUAAUCGAAUGAUUUUGUGAUUUGGCUUAAAAUUUGUUGAUUAAUAUCUGAAUGACACAAAGGACAAACAUUUUAGGCAAACAAAAACAUUAUCAACACAUUUGAAUAUAAACCAAUUUAUGUGGAACAUAACAUAAUUACACUUAAAUACAACAAUACGACACCAUGUAACAACGUUAACACAAUAAUACAAUUAUUCCCGUAUCCCCAACUCGCGGUGUUAUUGUUUUCCUUCCUUCCUUUGUUAAUCAAACGAAUUCAUAUUUCAAACAUCACAACGCUGUUACCGUUACUGACAGUGAAAUGUGUCCUGUUAUUAUGCACUGAUCUUUAUAUCAACGAUUUGCCAUUGUUCACAGUGUUGCCAUUGCUCACUGCUACUUCAGAGGAAACUAAAGCGCUACUCAACAAGAGUUGUGGUUGCUCACGCCCAGUAAAACUUUGCCCCCUGGCGUUUUGGUAGAAAAUUACAAGUCACGAGCUCAACUCUAAUCCAAAUUAUUUGACGUAUUUGAAGGCAAUAAUUACUUUCCCUCGUAACUAAUUACAUUUAUUCCGUGACUGAUUGGAUUUGUUGUGGAAAAUAACUUGUCACUAUCACCAAGUUCUUUUUAAAAGUAAUUUACCCAACACUCGAGCGCAGGAGUAAAGAGUGUUGAUGGACUAUUUAAUAGUUCUCUCUUCCGAUACGCUAGGGGGCGGUAAUAAUCACUUAAACUUGCUUCAAUUUCCGAUAAAGGAAAGGGAAUAAGAUCAUUAUACGGAAGAGAAGUAGUGGUUGUAGCUGUUGCUUUAUAAAUAUGACAAAAGGUGGGUAAUGCGUUAUUUCGCGCGUAAGGUGCAUCAUACUCUAGAUUUAUGAUAAACCGUUUGAAGUUCAAGCUUAUUACAAAAGGACUUAGCCAGUCGGCUGACACAACUGCGUUAUAGUCCGCAUCUGCCUGCUCUUCUCAUGCUGAAAGCGAACAAGUUUGUCCAAAAUGUCGUGGUUCAACCAUGUCAGUCUGAGCUCGGAUCAGCAGCGCCAGCUGUCUGCCACAGACGGCUUCUGUGGUCCAACGACGACGAUGGCAGCACCAGACCGGACCGGCGUUUCUUCUCCCGGCCUGGAGGGCUUUCCCUCCGCCCUUCAAAGUGUCGUCUGCCCUCCAACCCUUGAGAACCUGACAUGUGGGUCUAGUGGAGGUCAAGUUCGAGAGCCGGAGCCCAUCUCUUAUGCCAGUCUCCAGGAGCAGCGGUGCGUCCUGAGCUGGUUCCAGGGCUGGAGCCCCUCACAGCGGGAGAGGUUUCUGCAAGAUCUGGUGAAGGACCGACUACCCAGCAUAUUUGAAUGCCAGCUCCGCCUGUGGACCCAGUGGUUUGAGUCUUGGGGAGAAGAAGAGCGGAACCAUUUCUUACACAUUCUGGAGGAGAGGGAUCCAACGUUUGUUGCACACUUUUACAACUGUGUCGCGGGCACAGCUGGCAGAGACUGAGUCCAUCUUGUGAGGCGGGCACAGUCAGCAAAAUGAAUGUGUUGGCUAUACCAUAAAACACAUGCAACUGUGAUGAGUGACAUCUGCCUCGAGUGGACUCCUUUGCAACUUUUUUUUUUUAAAUAUCAUUUUUUGUAAACAAAUCUUGAGGGAGAGGAUGCACACAAAACGCUUGUGUUUACAAACGUCUAACCAUUUGCUUUAAUAUGGAAUGCAAAAGCUCAUCCAGACCCAUACUUGAAAUAAUAUGUUUAAUGAAUGGCUGCAUUACAGCUCAACUUCUUUUAUGAUGAUUUGGACAUUGAAAGUGACCAUUUUUUGUAAACGCACAAAAAUAA